AUGCUUGGCCUCCCAGACAAGCCCGUUGAGGUUGAUGUACCGAAAGACCUGCUUUCUAGCAUAUCAACACCUAUGCCACAAUGCAACGCCGAGUUCCCCCUCCCGGUUGCUUUUCCGCCGCAAUCGAUGACGAAUAUCCUCGCAGGAUGGCUCGCGAAUCAGGGCAUUAAGCAGGCACACGUAGCCGAAACCCAGAAGAAUGCACCCGUCACGUUCUUUUUCAACGGCGGUUUUGAGAAACAGUAUUAUAACGAGGAGAGGCAUAUGAUCUCCUCGCCUAAGGUCACGACGUACGACGAGGAUCCCAAGAUGAGCGUCCAAGCCGUUACGAACAAGGUUGCGGAGGUCAUACGCAAGGGCGACAAGGAGUUCGUGAUUCCCGUGGAGGCCAUCUCCACAACGGACAAGGCCGUCACGAUGGGGCCAUACAAGGCCUGUGAGGAGGCGGGCUACAUCCUGCUCAUCACGGCGGAAGAUGGAAACGCGGAGCAGAUGAUCAACCCCGAGACGGGUGCGACGCACAUGGCAUGCACGACGAACCUGGUGUCGUUAAUCAUGACGGGCGGCCCGAAGAAAUUCGACUUCACUGUCGACAAGAAGGACGGGGAGGAUGAGGAAGGUGCUGUGCGAUGUGGCGCCGACGGUGCUUGACAUUAUGUUGGAUGCAUAUGUGACUAGGAUCUCUUCGCUACUCUGACGACGUUUUGAGUGCCUCAGGGAUUGCCUAAGCCCAAAGCCGAGUUUGAUUAUAUGCCAGUGUAGAUUUUGGGACUUACUAGUAUUCGACUGCAGAGAUGAUAGGGCGCUCGUUGCUCGCGCACGAUGAGAACAAGGGGGAAGCAAAUUAGAAGGACUCUAGAACGUGGACUUGAUAUAAUUGUAAGAAAUAGACGAAGGGAUUUGAAGU